AUGAGCGCGGAUUCCAAUAACCCUAAUAAUAUUAUCACUUGUGGCCACCCAAUUUCUGUAACCACCACUAGCAGUGACAGCACCACCGCUACCGGCGUUGAUAUCAGCAAGAGCAACAAGAGAGGUAAAGGCAAAGGAGGGCCCGAUAAUGGAAAGUUUAAGUAUAGAGGUGUAAGGCAGCGGAGCUGGGGCAAGUGGGUGGCCGAGAUACGUGAGCCCAGAAAGAGAACUCGGCGGUGGCUCGGAACGUUUGCCACGGCGGAGGAUGCAGCCAGAGCGUAUGACCGUGCAGCCGUUAUUCUAUAUGGGUCAAGGGCUCAGCUUAAUCUACAAAUCUCAGGUGGUGGCGGAAGUGCAAGUGGCGCAUCUGGUCAAUCCUCCUCCCGUUCUUCUUCUUCUUCCACCCAAAACCUUCGUCCUUUACUGCCUCGCCCGUCUGGCUUUGGCCUUACAUUCUCCACUCCACCACUUCCGCCGCCUGUCGCCUCCGUAGGAGGCGUGGCAAACUAUGUGCCGUAUGGAUUUUACUCGAUCGAACAGUACCCUAACGUGGUACAAAGUACACAAAACCUAGGAUUAGUGCAUCAGAGGUACGGAACAAGUGACGUGAAGAAUAUUGAGUCUGGACCCACAAUUCCAAACCCUAAUAAUCAUCAACAGCAAAAUUUCCAAGAUUUGCAUUCUCAGCAGCGUCAAAACUAUUGUGUGUACGAUCAAAUCAACUCAAUUGCAAAUGUUGCGCCAAGCUUUUCUCAGGCCAUCACUGAACCUCUGGUGGCGCCUGACAUUUCAGAUCCGGUGGUGCCUGAUUCCGCCGCCUCUCCGGCUUUAUGGCCAUUGCCUAUUGAUGAUGAUGAGUAUCCAACGGCAAAUAUUUGGGACUAUGAUGACCCGUUCUUGUUUGAUAUUUGA